AUGUCGUCCACAGGUUUAGACAUGUCUCUUGAUGAAAUUAUUGCGAAAAAAAGACCAUCAAGAGGAGCUAGGACAGGUGGUCCUACCCGCACCGGUGGCAUCGUUAAACGUUCUAGUGGUCCUGUCAGAAAUCCUCGGUCUCCACAAGUUAGACCUCGACCUUACAGUAAUACUGCUACUACAACAUCAAAUCUUAACGCAUCACCAGAAGGAAAAAUUCUUGUUUCAAACCUCGCCUAUAAAGUCACAGAGGCAGAUCUUUGGCCUGGAGAUUCUGAAAUCUUUUCUACAACGCUCUCCAAGCCGAUCAACGAUGAACUUUUCUCAACGAUGAUCGGUCCUGUACGUCAAGUUAACCUUAACUUUGAUCAAAGUGGUCGUUCGAAGGGUACCGCAUCCGUUGUUUUUGCAAGGAAAAACGACGCCGUACGGUCUGUUGAUAAACUCAGAAAUAUUACCCUUGACGGUAAGCGUGAUUGUUUAAUCGCAUAA